GGUUGUGAGAGUGGACUUGAAAGAAAAAGCAAAGCCUCGACCUCCAGCACUUAAUACUGUAGAGUUGAUGCGUGUUGCCAGUUCUGGUCUUGGAAUGGGUCCUCACCAUGCCAUGACAAUUGCUGAGAGAUUGUACACCCAAGGUUAUAUUUCAUAUCCAAGAACAGAGACAACACAUUAUCCAGAAAACUUUGAUCUUAAAGGAGCUUUAAGAAUUCAAGAUAAUCAUAGCGACUGGGGUCACAUUGUGCGAGAUAUUUUGAAAGAAGGAAUCCAACGACCCAAGAAGGGUCACGAUGCAGGUGAUCACCCUCCCAUUACUCCUAUGCGGUGUGCUGACAAAAGCCAGCUAGAUCACGAUUCAUGGCGACUUUAUGAGUACAUUACAAAACAUUUCAUUGGUUCACUCAUGCCAGAUUGUAUAUACAUGAGCACAACCAUUAUCAUCACAAUUGCUUCAGAAAAUUUUACUAUAAGUGGAAAGCAGUUGAUUGAUCCUGGCUUCACAAAGGUUAUGGAUUGGCUGGCUUUACAAGAUGAAGAGAGCCUGCCUGAUGUAAGAGCUGGUGAUGAAAUUACUAUUAUGGAGUCAAAACUAGCUGAAAGGCAGACAUCCCCCCCAGAUUAUCUAACAGAAGCUGAAUUGAUCAGUUUGAUGGAGAAGCAUGGUAUUGGGACAGAUGCUUCCAUUCCAGUUCACAUUAAUAAUAUAUCUCAGAGGAACUAUGUAACUGUCUCAUCUGGACGAAGGCUUGUUCCCACCAACCUUGGCAUUGUACUUGUGCAUGGUUAUCAAAAAAUUGAUCCAGAUUUGGUUUUGCCAACAAUGAGAAGUGCUGUUGAGGAGCAGCUUAAUCUAAUUGCCCUAGGAAAAGCAGACUUCAAUUCUGUUCUUCAUCACACACUUGAGAUAUUCCAACUAAAGUUCCAUUAUUUUGUCAAGAACAUCCAGAAUAUGGAUGAACUUUUCGAGGUCUCGUUUUCUCCACUCUCUGCAAGUGGACGACCCCUGUCAAGAUGUGGAAAAUGCCGUCGCUACCUCAAGCUAGUUGAAACUAAGCCUGUGCGCCUGCAUUGUAUGACAUGUGAUGAGACAUUUGCUGUGCCCCAGAAUGGUGUGAUUCGAGAGUUUCAGGAAAAUAGAUGUCCUCUGGAUGAUUUCCAACUUUUGAUGUGGUCAGGUGGAGCCAAGGGGAAGAGCUAUACCUUCUGUCCAUACUGCUACAACAAUCCCCCUUUCCCGGACAUGUCCAAAGGUUGGGGAUGUAACAUCUGUCCUCAUCCAACGUGCCAUUACAGUCGUGAUAAUUUGGGAAUAUCACAGUGCAUGGAAUGUCCUACAGGCAUUCUUGUUUUAGAUCCUUCUUCAGGACCAAAAUGGAAGUUGGCUUGUAACAGGUGUGAUGUUAUUAUCAACUUAUUUGAUAAAGCCAGUAGAGUGCAGGUGCUGGAAGAUGUUUGUGACGACUGUGGAUCACAGUGUGUUACUGUGGAAUACAGAGAGGGCAAAAGCAAGCUCAAGGAUGGACAGUUGACUGCAACUGGAUGUAUUUUCUGCAGCUGCACUCUCACUCCUCUCGUUGAAAAGCAUAGAGCUUCUCAGGAAAGUGGGCGUGGUAGAGGGAGAGGAAGAGGGGGACGUGGUAGAGGAGGUCCUAGAGGUGGGAGAGGAGGUGGAAGAGGCAGCCGAGGACGGGGAGGUGGAAGGGGACGUAGAUAGCUUUCAUUGUAGUCUAUUAAAUGUCUAUUUAUAUUUCUUUGUAAUAUAAGUGUGCAGUAAGUGUAGCAAUAGUAUUUAUGAAUACUAUAAAAUUUAGGAAAUUAUAGGUGGUCCAUAGCAUAUGAUGAUCAGGUUUUACAUAGGAGACUAAAGAUUUUAUUUUAUUUUGUUUAGGCUCUCUAGUGUUUUAUAAGUCAUUUGCAAAUAUUGUAAUUGCUUGUUUACUGUUUCCAUUAAAUAUUUUGAUAUGUA